ACACUCCCGCUUCCUCCCCCGCGCCCGUCCGUUGGCCGGCUACCCCGAGGGGCGGGGCUCGCGCCGCUUUGAAUCGGUGUCGGGCGCCAGGGCCGGGACGCGACAUGGGGACGGUGGAGCCGGUGGUCGAGGCCCGGCCCGAGGAAGGGGAUGGCAUUGUCGCGGCUGGUCCGAGGCGCCUGGAGGUUCCUCGGCCACCCUCCAUCGAGGAGUUCACCAUCGUGAAGCCCAUAAGCCGUGGCGCCUUCGGGAAGGUGUACCUGGGCCGCAAGGCAGGGAGGCUUUAUGCCGUGAAGGUGAUGAAAAAAGCAGAUAUGAUCAACAAAAACAUGGUUCACCAGGUCCAGGCAGAGAGGGAUGCAUUGGCUCUCAGUAAAAGUCCUUUCAUUGUGCAUUUAUACUACUCACUUCAGUCAGCUAAUAACGUCUAUUUAGUGAUGGAGUACCUUAUUGGUGGAGAUGUCAAAUCUCUUCUCCAUAUUUAUGGAUAUUUUGAUGAAGAAAUGGCUGUUAAGUAUAUUUCUGAAGCGGCAUUGGCUCUUGAUUAUCUUCACAGGCAUGGGAUAAUCCACAGGGAUCUGAAGCCAGACAAUAUGCUCAUUUCUAAUCAGGGCCAUAUAAAGUUGACAGACUUUGGGCUUUCCAGAGUUACUCUGAAUAGAGAGAUAAAUAUGAUCGAUAUCCUUACUACACCAUCAAUGGCAAAGCCAAAGCAGGACUACUCGCGUACUCCAGGACAAUUGUUGUCUCUCAUCAGUUCUCUGGGUUUUUAUACGCCUGUUGGAAUGAAAAUGCCGGAGUACAAGUCAAGCGAAUCAUCUGAGAGUCUGCAUGGAAUGGUUUCUCCCUUACCUGUGGUCCAAAAGGAAGAAACCCCUCUUUCAACUAAAUUAUUCAAAACAUAUCUUGAUACUUCUCCAUUAACUCCUGUGAUGCCAGUGAGAAGUUUAACUCCUACUCUGCUUCAGUCAAGAAAAAGGUUUGGUACCUCCAGUGCCAGUAGUCAAUCCCAAAAAUACCUGUCUGGUAUGGAAUCGGGAUGCUGCAGCAGCCCCAGGUGGGAGAAAGAUGUAGAGCAAAGUGAAGAUGAACCAUGUUCUACAACAGGCAAACCAAGUAACAGUGGGUCAACUCUCCUUUCAAAUGUAGAAUUACAGAAUAGCAAAGGUUUGAAUAUUUUAAAGACAAAAGAACUGGAGUCUGCCAUUUCUCCCAUCAGCAGCAAUGACUCUGGCAAUCAGCAGAAGUUGGGAAGUGAACGUUCUGAUAUAACAAAUACUCCUGUGACCGCACUGGAUAUGAAAGGCAUAGUCAGAAAAUGUCUUUCUGAAAAAAAGAUUUGGGAGGAAAAACUCUUCAUAAGUGAAAGAGAUAGGACUAAUGAAACACCAGAAGCUUCCAAUGGACGACAGUCAUGGUCAAGGCAGAAUGAGCCUGUCGAGCCUAUUAAAAAGGAAGAGAUUUUUGAAAAGCCAGGUGUAAAAAGAAGCUUUGAAUUAGUUGACACUAGUCCUUCUGAGGAGCUUAACUAUGUUAAGAAAAGCAAUGCAGAAUAUAAACGUGGCUGUCAGAUCAUAGAAUUUCCAGCACAUAAAAGGACAGGUUUGACAACAGAAAUUCAAUCCUUAAUGCUUCGUGAUGAUGGAUGCCUACAGGACACCUGCAAAAGCAAGGAACAAAUUCAGAGUCUUAUUGGUAACCAGAAAACAAUGGAAAGUUCGCUUAUUUCAGUUAUAGCCAAAAAUCUUGCAUGUGAUCUGGAUGCUGACUAUGAAAAGGAUAAUAAAAAGGAGUAUAUGAACUCAAGUUUUUUUGGCAGUGAUGAUGAAAAGCCUUCAGGAAUCCUCAGUGCAGAUUCUGACUUGUCGUUUCCUGAAAUGUCUGUUGCAGAAAACCAUUUAGAAAAGCAUCUUUUAGAUUUGGACAGAAGUGUUAAAGACCUUUCCUUUGAGCAACUAGAACCAGAAGGCGUGCUUGUAACAUCACCGAAGUCCCAAGAUGCCACACAAAAUGGAGAGGAAGCACAUGCUGUCCAGGAAUACAAGCCAUUACCUGAUGAAAAGGGUAAUGACCAAAAACACAUGAAAGAAACUCACCAUGAGAUAGUAUCUUCUCCUUCAGAAAAGAUGAUGGAAGCACUGAAUAUGUUAAAAAAAAAUGCUGUUGUUUUUCGAAGUUAUAAUAGCCCAAUUAAUAUGUCCAAUAUAUCUGAGCCAUGUAGCAUGGCUUCCUUAGAUAUAAUGGAUGUUUCACCUGCUUGUAGUGGCUCUUACCCAACAGCUAUUACUCCAUUACAGAAAGGAAGGCCAUACCAAGUCUAUCAGACACCUCAUCAGGGAGAUGCUGGCACACCGUAUAGGACUCCAAAGAGUGUAAGAAGAGGAGCUGCUCCAGUAGAAGGUGAACGCAUCCUGGGGACCCCAGACUACCUGGCACCUGAGCUGCUUUUGACAAAGCCUCAUGGUUCUGCUGUAGACUGGUGGGCCCUUGGAGUUUGUCUGUUUGAGUUUCUAACUGGAAUUCCACCUUUUAAUGAUGAAACACCAACACAAGUCUUCCAAAAUAUUUUGAAGAGAGAUAUUCCGUGGCCUGAGGGUGAAGAAAAGCUGUCUGAUAAUGCCCAAAAUGCAAUAGAUAUUCUUCUAACAAUUGACAGUACUAAGAGAGCUGGACUGAAGGAACUAAAAAAUCACCCUUUCUUUCAUGGUGUGGACUGGGAUAAUCUACAAAAUCAAACUAUGCCAUUUAUACCUCAGCCGGAUGAUGAAACUGAUACUUCUUACUUUGAAGCUAGGAAUAAUGCUCAGCACCUGACUGUGUCUGGAUUUAGCUUAUAGCAUCAAGAUAAGUGAGCCUUCUCCAUGUUUUUGCACAUUUACAGGUUGUCCUACUACACUAGCUUGGUCUUAAGCAAGUUUCCUUGCCAAAUUUAGAGUGUGCUUUAAGUUAACAGUCUGGUUUUAUUAUUGUAUCCUUUAUUCUAAAGUGAAACUACUGUAUGAAUCUUAGCUGGUAUCAAGUGCCUUCAUGCUACAUUUUCUCGCUUACUGCACCUUACUAGGAGACCAGAACGUUGUAUUUCUUGGAGCUGAUAACACUUGGCAAUGAUGGGACUUUUUUCAUAGCAAUGAGUAACUCCAGCAAGGUGGUAUGAAGUUAUUUCCUCCUUAAACAUAGUGGGGAAAGGACAUGAGUGCAUGUAAACUGUAGCUAAUUAUAACUUACCUAUUGGUGGGUUGGUGUGAUGGCAGCCUUGUCUGGGAGUAAACCAUUCUGGUCAGUUUACUUAUACAGCCACUGUACAAAACUGUUUCUAUUUCAGGUGGGAAAUUGAAAUGUUAAUGCAGUGUUGAAAUGUUUGUCUUCUGUUUAUCUUAUCCCAAGAAGGGGUGGGAAGAGGCAGUGUUGCUCAAAGCUAACUCAAUGAGAUGUGGUGUUGACAUUGACAGCAGCUGUCCUGGAGAAGGAUACUUGGGGAAGUCCAAAUGCUGUUUAAAUUGUUGCACUGUAACCACUUGCACCAUACCUAGAUGGAUUGGACAGUAUAUGUUUUAGCAAUUACUCAUUUUAAAUAGAAAAUUCUGAGUGUGUGUGUGUGUGCUCACUCAUGUUGGAUGAUAGAAAACAAAAUCACCUGAGUGUUUGCCAGUAAGUGAAGUAGUAUUCAUACUGAAGCUGCUGUAUAUUAAAGACAGCAACAUACUGUAAACAGGCUGUUCUGUAAACUCAAUAACCAGAUCUUAGAUGUUACUAGAACUUACAUUACAAGUGUAUAUUAAGUAUUCUAAAUCCUAAUUAGGGGGAUAUAUUUGAAUCUAUUUUUAAAUGCAACAUACAACUUGCAUCUGCUAGGUUUUAGAGGUUUAUUUGCACAUCAUUCUGUUUUAAUCACUUUUAAUAUUUUUCUUGCAUAGGUAUCUUUGUCAGCUGACUUAUUGAAGAGGUUUGUGUUUGAGGUUUGUACUUGUUAGAUAAAGAUCACUUGUGCUGGUGGUGCCAGCCAGUGGCUGCCUGUCGGAAGCCAAGUACUCUGCUAGUGAGUUUGCCCAAGUGGCUUUUGAGUUUCAUGAAGUGACCUGUCUUUCAAAAGCAGAAGAGCUGUUCCUCCAUUGCCUUGCUUCUUGGGAGACAAGACUUACUAAGGGAAUUCUGAGCAAGCAGUGUCUGCUAGGUUCCUACUGCUGCUCAGGGAGCUGCAAAGUAAUAGGGAUGGGAGCAAACAAGAUGUUUCCUACAAGGGCAAAAAAAGCUAAUUCUUAACAGCUCAGAAUGAGAAAUCCCACUCUAGGUGUGAUAAUGUCAACAUAGCGAAGCAGAAUCUUGGCAAGUUCCAAAGCACACAGUGACUCUCACUCCCUUUGCUAAGGACUUCAAUAGCAACAACUUAGAAGCCUUCUGAAAUCAGUGUUACAUGAAAAGGUGCGAACAAUAAAAUGUGACGCGCUACUAUAGCAGUGGCCAUAGGCAAUGUUCUCUGAACAUGGGGAGAAGUUCUUUACCAUUUUUCCUGUGUAUAGUCAGAAUAUAUAAACUUAGGGAACACCUGAAGUAAUCACUGGUAUUUUACAUAAUUUAUUCUUCCAUUUCUAGUAAUCUGGUUUAAGAAAGCUUAGGCUUACAAAGAUGUACCUGUUUCAUGCUGAGGAAAAUACUCCAAAAAUGUGUAAGGAAAUAAUGAAAACAACACCACAGCAGCUCUGGGUCUUCAGUACUUUACUAAAUGGUUACAGCCUGUUCCCAUUUUGUGUAUCAUACAUUCCUCUCACAGCACAAAACACUCACUGCAGGGGUAUGACACAUUAAAGAUAACCCCUUGAAAUAAUUCUCAAUCAGCUGCAAGGGUCAAAGCAAGCUUCUAUCAAAAGCUUUUCUUUACCAAUCACAGUGAGUUACAGAACUGAUUAGUCUUUUAGGUAAUCUAGUGCUCGUGUGCACAGCCAGAGCUGGUGCUCCACCAAAACACUGGGCAUUAAAAAAAAACUUUUUGUUUUAUGAAAACCUGAAGUGUUUGUAUAAAAACUUUCAUUUUGGAAGAAAAUUAUGGUUGUUCUACCCUAGUUGUAUAAUACAAUACAAACCCAUGAGUUCUGUACAACAAUAAAUAGGCUG